GAUUUACUCCAAAGUGGCUUAAGAACCGCGAGUUCGGUCUGGGGGCCAUCCGGACCGGAGCACGCGUAGCCCGGAGGCACCUGGCGCGGGGCGGGAGGGUGGUCCCAGCAGAGACCCCGGAGCUCAGGAGCCCAAGAGGUCCCGUGGGGCGGCCCCCGGGGGUCCCGGCGUGGAGACGAGGGCGGCGGAUUGGGGGUGAAGGCCAAGUGCGUUUGGAGGAGGUGGGGUAGGAUCCGAGCGGCUCCUCGGGUGUCCCCUGCCGUGCCCGAGGCCCCGCCAUGGCCCAGCAGAGAGCCCUGCCGCAAAGCAAGGAGACGCUGCUGCAGUCUUACAACAAGCGACUCAAGGAUGAUGUCAAGUCCAUCAUGGACAACUUCACCGAGAUCAUCAAGACCGCCAAGUUUCCCCUGCAUCGUAGGGUCCUUGUGAUGACUGGAGGAGUUUAUCUGUGUAAAGCGGUUACCAUGGGGAUUAUUGCGAGCGCACGCCGUCAGGGAGAGAAGCCGGGGAAGGCCUCCCAGAUUGAGGACGAGACGCAGGUGUCAAGGGCCACUCAGGGCGAGCAAGAUAAUUACGAGAUGCACGUGCGAGCCGCCAACAUCGUCCGAGCCGGCGAGUCCCUGAUGAAGCUGGUGUCCGACCUCAAGCAGUUCCUCAUCCUCAACGACUUCCCGUCGGUGAAUGAGGCCAUCGACGAGCGCAGCCAGCAGCUGCGAGCUCUGCAGGAGGAGUGUGACCGGAAGCUCAUCGCCCUGCGGGAUGAGGUCUCCACAGACCUCUACGAGCUGGAGGAGGAGUAUUACUCGUCCAGCUCAAGUCUUUGCGAAGCUAAUGAUCUGCCUCUGUGUGAAGCUUACUGGAGGCUGGACCUCGACACAGACUCCGCCGACGGCCUCUCAGUCCCUCUGCCGGCGUCCCCGGAGCCCAGUGCUGGCCCCCUGCAGGCUGCAGCCCCUGCCCACUCCCACGCCGGUGGCCCCGGCCCCGCAGAGCACGCCUGAGCCUCCCAGGGCUCCUCUCCCCGGGCCCCUAGACCUUAGGAAUGAAGUGCAGUGUUCCCCUCUAGGCCCACCACAGCCUCAGCUCCCUUCAGCCUUGGGGCCCACUUGGGGAGCCGCCGUGGCCUCUUUCGGAACCGUGUCAGCCCAGGGACAGCCCACCGAGGAGUGUUGGGGGAAAGCAAAUACCCCCAGCCAUGCCAGGGGGGCCCAUCCUUACUCUUGUCGUCACCUUAUUUGCUACUUUCCUGGCUGGCUGGAAGGAAGUUUCCAGGAUAGUUUGUCCCGUUGAGGACCUAACGGCGGGGCAGGGAGGAUGCCCAGCCUUGGGAGACCUGACCUGAGCGUGGUGUUUACAAUGGAGGACGCAAGUGCUCAGAGUGGACAGUACUAGCCAAGGCCAGGCCCCCAUGCAGAGCUCUGCCCGCUACCUUGCCCUGAGGCUCCCUGCGCUAGCUGACUGCCCCUGCAGGGCUGUGGGGAAAGGGGGCUGCCCACUCUUGCAGAAGUCAGGCAGGGUCCUUCCUAAUUCCGCUGCUGCACACGUUUUGGUUCUUUUUGUGAUGAGACUGUUGAAUAAAACCAGCUCCACCCUU